GAGCUCAUGGCGGAGUUCACAAUCCCGAAAAAGACAAAAUUCACAUACCUACAAAAGCUGAUGUCGCAUGCACUUCUUGAGCCUCCAGCACCAGAAUCUUGCGAUCCUGAACCUCCGUUGUUAUGGCUUGGCACGACCAAGACAGCUGGCUCACAUGGGUUUUUAGCCCAAGCAUAUCUGCUAUUAUAGUAACAGCUCUGAUAGCCCUCCUACUACCAGUCUUAAUACACACAAUCCUGUACCGGACACAAGCGCAAGCGUCUACAGCCUCAUUCUUGCUUCUAGGACCUAGUGGCGCGGGCAAGACGUCGCUAUUAACCCUUCUUGAGCGCGGCUCGACCUCAGCAACACAUACCUCUCAAACGCCUUCAAGUGCCGAAAUCACCCUGCCUUCCACGAUCAAGUCUGCCUCCAACGAAUACCGAUCCGAGAAUGACUCUUCUUUCAGUGGAGCGCAGCGCUUCAUACUUACCGAUACUCCCGGCCACGGCAAACUCAGACAAUUUGCUUCAGACAAACUUGAUGCGAAGACGUUGAAGGGCAUAAUAUUCGUGGUUGAUGCGGCGAAUUUAUCGAAAGAGUCAGGAGGACGCGCAGAAGAGGGCCUCACCGAGGCUGCGGAGUACCUUCACGAUGUGCUACUAGCGUUGCAAAAGCGAUACACGAGUGCGAAAACUAGCAAGGGACCGAAGGAGCUACCAGUCUUGAUAGCAGCAAACAAGUUCGACCUAUUCACCGCUUUGCCUGAGAAACUCGUCAAGACAGAAUUAGAGAAGGAAAUCACAAAUGUGAGGAACACAAAAUCGAAAGGGCUACUGGAUUCUGGCAUUGGCACUAGUGAUGACGCAGUGGAGGAAGAGAAGGAGUGGCUUGGGGAUGGGGGCGAGGGAAAGUUUGAGUUCAGACAAAUGGAGGAGGUCAAUGUAUUUGUGGAUGUCAUAGGGGGAAAUGUCACAGGCGCAGAUGGCCCUGGCGUGGGCAAGUGGUGGGAGUGGAUAGCCAAGCAAAUUUGAUUGCGCUUUGGUCGCGCAAUCAUACGAAGAAGAGCAGAUGACAUCUGCGAAAGCCAACGUACGUGGGUCACUAUAGACGAAUUAAAUCUAGAGUUUAAUACAUGAAAUCUGUAGUACAUAUAAAGCGUAUGUGCAAAUCGGCGGCGCCGAUUGCACAAUCGCCACAGUGUUUAAG